AUGGGAGAUGAAUAUCGCCUUGCUGUUGUUUGUCUACAGCUGUACGCCGCUUGCAGCAGUAAGAGCUGCAUCACCGGUAAGGAUGCACCAUUACAACAAGUCCGGCAAGUUUGCGCAAAUCCACCGCUCCCCGAUGACAAAAUACGUUCGGCGUUCCUGACUGAACAUAACAACUACAGGAGUAGUCUUGCGACUGGAAAUGUAUAUGAUGAACAGGCCACUCUACCGGGAUCGACAAGCUUGUUUAUGAUGUCAUACAACUGCGGAUUGGAACAACAGGCUUUAUCGGUUACCACCGCUUGCAAUUCUCAGAGCACCACGCCAGGUGUUUUACAGGGCAAAUCUAUAAACUAUGGGAUAAUACGUGAUAAUGUUGCCGCUCCCUCUGAUAAGAAAGUUGUACAAGACAUUCAAAAAUUGAUGACUCAGUGGACAGAAACCAGCUUCGAAUAUAAUUUCAACAAAACCACGGUUGUCUACGGGAACGAACUUGCUGCACCGUUUGCAAGAGUAGAGGGAUCAACCACUGUUGUGAGCACCACAACCACGACAGCUGCGACAGCUCCGACCACUACCGUUGCUCCGAGUAGCGUUGUCACCACAACCACGACAGCUGCGACUUCUACGACCACUACCGUUGCUCCAAGUGAGAACACGGUGUGUCCAGGAAAUCAAGUGAUAACCGAUUCUGUAAGAAAUAUAUUCCUAACACAAUUCAAUCAGAUAAGAUCACAAGUCGCUCGAGGCCUUUUCGUCACUAGUUCAGGAGUGUAUGCUCGUCGGGCAUCGAAAAUGAUAAGGCUUACAUAUAGUUGUGAAGCAGAAACCAGUGCGAACAACUGGGCUAUACAGUGCCAAGACAGGGACUCGGGGACAGCUACUUAUGCUGAAACCAGAUACAUCUUUCAGGACACUACUGCUGCAUAUGACCUUGUCGCAAGAACGGCUGUUAACAAUUGGACGAAUGAAGCAAAUACUGGAAGGCUGCCUCCACAGGGCACGAACCCACAGUAUAUUUACCAGACUAGUCUUGGAAUACCAAACUUUGCAAAAAUGGUUUGGGACUCUGAGAGACAAGUUGGCUGCUCGAUAGCAAGAUGUCCUCCAUUUGUGAACGUAGUUUGCCACUUUACUCCAAGGCUUCUGCGAUAUCUCUGUGUGCUGUUUGCUGCACUGCAGGGAACAGGCAUGAGAGACCAGCCCGUCAUCAACACUGGAAAUUGUAACAUACACUGCGGCGAUGCCGAUGAGAAGAAAGAUCGCAGAGUACAGAAUCUGUGGAUCAUAAGUGCUCGCGCACUUACAGAAACCGUUGAAGGCAACAGGAAGAGCGUCUUCUACAAUGAACUCAGUGCGUUACUGUUUGUAAUGGCCAGUCACCAGGUGAUCAUUGUCGGAAUCAACACAAAUGCGAAGAUGGGACUCGAACAACAAUUCGAUUUGCUAGGAAAAUGCCUUAAGAUUCACAAGACGAGACGGUUCGACAAGAGGAAGGGAGGAGCUCUUUCUCAAGUGAAAAUCGAAAUGAGAGGUCUGAAAGACGAUGAAUGCAGAACAAAAUUUCCGCUAACGUGUGACUAUUCAUGUUGGAGUACGGACCAGGAAAAAACUUUGCGAUGCGAAUUCCUUCACAAAGUGGAUCCAGGAUGCUGCAAGGGAAACAUAAAGGGGAAAGGGGAUAAAGAGUGGACAUCAAGAGCGAAGGAGUUUGAAAAAGCGUGGAAGGACAAGAACCCGCGAAAAGCUUAUGCUUUAUUGAAGCAGUAUAGCGGCAAGAUGAAGAGAUGUAAUUCAGUUCUCAACACUUCCAAUAGAGCUCCUGUUGGUGAAGCAAUCUUUGCAAUUUGGAGGGACCACUUCAAGACCUUGCUAAACCGGCAAGCGCCGUCAGCUCCUGAGCUCGGCCACCUUCAUGGACCGACAUUUGCGGUUAACGAGGAACCAACGACCGAGUCAGAGGCUCUAACUGAUCUCGAGUAUGCCUACGAUGUUGUUAUAUUCGCAAAAAGCAGUACGAAACUUCAACAUGUUGUCAACCGUGUGCUGAAGCUGGCUGCAGCCUAUCGACUACGUCUACGCCCUGAUAAAUGCAAGCAGAUGUGGAUCUCUUCGAGACCACGAACGGGAAUCAGGGUGGACGGACAACCGAUAGAACUCGUCGAUGAGUUCUGUUACCUAGACUGCACGCUGAAGAACAAUGGCAGCUACGAGAGAGAUAUUUGGCAAAAAUGCGCUAAGACCACAUCUGCAUUUAACUCCUCAACAAAAUGCCUGUGGUCGACCCCCAUCUCCAACGAAGUCAAGUCGCAAAACCAUCUAUAA